GCCGCCGCCGCCGCCAUGAAGCCGGGGCCGCCGCACCGCGCCGGGGCCGCCCACGGGGCUGGCGCCGGAGCCGGGGCCGCGGCCGGGCCCGGGGCCCGCGGGCUGCUCCUGCCUCCGCUGCUGCUGCUGCUGCUGGCGGGGCGCGCCGCGGGGGCCCAGCGCUGGCGCAGUGAGAACUUCGAGAGGCCCGUGGACCUCGAGGGCUCUGGGGAUGACGACUCCUUCCCCGAUGACGAGCUGGACGACCUCUACUCCGGGUCGGGCUCUGGCUACUUUGAGCAGGAGUCGGGCAUUGAGACAGCCAUGCGGUUCAGCCCAGAUGUUGCCCUGGCAAUGUCCACCACCCCCGCGGUGCUGCCCACCAUGGACAUCCAGCCUGUGGGCACCCCGUUUGAAGAGCUCCCCUCUGAGCGCCCCACCCCAGAGCCAGCCACCAGCCCCCCACUGGUGACAGAGGUGCCAGAAGAGCCCAGCCAGAGAGCCACCACCGUCUCCACCCCGACAGCUACCACCACUGCCACCGCCACAGGGCCCCCGACGGCGGCCACAGCACCCGCCACCGUGGCCACCGCCGCACCCAGCAUCCCUGCGGCGCCCCCGUCCGCGGCCACCACCUCUGUCGUAAGGACCACCGGCGUACGGAGGCUUCUGCCUCUGCCACUGACCACAGCGGCCACAGCCCGGGCCACCACCCCAGCGGCGCCCUCACCUCCCACCACGGUGGCUGUCUUGGACACAGAGGCCCCAACGCCCAGGCUGGUCAGCACAGCUACCUCCAGGCCAAGGGCCCUUCCCAGGCCGGCUACCACCCAGAAGCCUGAUAUCCCUGAGAAGAGCACCCUGCCCCUGGGGACCACCGCCCCAGGACCCACGGAGGUGGCUCAGACCCCAACUCCAGAGUCCUUCCUGACCACCAUCCGGGAUGAGCCAGAGAUGCCAGUGAGCGGGGGACCCAGUGGGGACUUUGAGCUGUCAGAGGAAGAGACCACACAGCCAGACACAGCCAAUGAGGUGGUGGCUGUGGGUGGGGCCGCAGCCAAGCCAUCACCUCCGCCCGGGACGCUGCCCAAGGGUGCCCGCCCAGGCCCUGGCCUCCUGGACAAUGCCAUCGACUCAGGCAGCUCGGCGGCUCAGCUGCCCCAGAAGAGCAUCCUGGAGCGGAAGGAGGUGCUCGUAGCUGUGAUCGUGGGCGGGGUUGUAGGCGCCCUCUUUGCUGCCUUCCUGGUCACUCUGCUCAUCUACCGCAUGAAGAAGAAAGAUGAGGGCAGCUACACGCUGGAGGAGCCCAAGCAGGCGAGCGUCACAUACCAGAAGCCUGACAAGCAGGAGGAGUUCUACGCCUAGCGGAGCCAGAGUGCCUCCCUGUAGCCUCAGCGCCACCCCUAUAUCCAGUCCCUGGCCUGGCACCCCCAGCCCCGGCCUGGGACUGGGCCUAGGAGACAUCCUGGCCCCACUUCAUCUCUGCCACCCUCCCAAGGUCUGCCCAGACUGCCAGCUUCAUGCAGCUCUUCCCCAAGGGACAGGGGGCACUGCCGUCUGCUCCAGACUGUGCCCUUAUGAGCUCAUCACUUGUUCCACAUACUCCUCCCCCCACCACCAGCUUGGGGCUUUAGGACCUCACAUCAGAUGGACAGGAGGAAGGGAACUCCUGAUUGGCUGGUGGACAAAGGGGUGGGACUUCAGCCCCAACCUGGCCCCACAGGGCUGGCUGAGGUUUCCUUUUGGAGGCAGAGAGGCACUCCGGCUGGUUUCCAGGACAAGCAUUUGGCAAGCCCAGCCCUUGCAAUCAUUGGGACACUGCACCGUGUUGCUUCUGUCCCAGGCUCACUCUCUGCCUGGGUGAGACGGUACCCCUCACCCACCAGCCUGUUUUGUCCUGGCCUCUCUGGGGUUGUGGGGUCAUUUUCCCUCACCUCUGCUCAGUGCACAUGCACCCACAGGCUUCACUCCCUUCCUGGUCUGCCCCAGCUUCCUGAGAGUGCUCUGGCAGCCACUGGUGAGGAGGGGUUUGCACCUCCUUCUUCCUAGUGGACUCUGCACAGACACCGUCUCUCACAUGGUUACACACAGAAAAGCACGCAAUGACAAAAUCACACGUGAUCUUGACCACCUAACCAAUCCAGAUAUGUCACAGACACACACAUGCUUCCAAAGAUGUUUAUUCUCAUAUGUUUCUUAUGUGCUCCCCGCCCCCCCCCGCCCCAAAUGCUGAUGACAAUGCAAGUCACUAAUCAUCAUAACCUAAUGGUAACAGUGCGGCCUGCCUCGCUCUCUGCCAUCCCGCCACCCCUACUCCUGCCCACUCACAUACCCUCUGACACCACACAUGUUGCCUCCAGCUUUCAAGCUCACUGGGGAGGGUGCAAUUAGGCCGAAACAAUCAGCCCAUAUUGGGUCCCCAAGUUGCCCCGUCACGCUCAGCCUUCAUGACCCCUUACCAACCACAUUGCCACCGAACCCCAGUGAAUCAGACACAAUCCCAUGUGGGUGCACAAUCUCACCCGCACCCACACAGCCCUGCUGUCACGCUUGGACACUUGCCUUUCCUGGAAUUAAGUGUAGUGUGGGGGACAUGGCCACAAGCCCCCUCAGGGCAUUGCACACCCGCUGAGCCUGGCUUCACCCUACCUGCCCCCUCCCCUCUGAAGCCUGCAAAGGGCUUGGUUGGGGGGUAAGUUCCCCACUUGCUGAGGAAGGCAGGCUGGUUCCUGGAAUUCAGUCUUGGGCUGGAGAGGGGGCAUGGGUCUCCCAGGACCAAAAGCUCCUGGUGGGAAGGGGGCAUGUGGUGAGGCUCCUGGUCUCCUUCCCUCCUCUUCUUGCUCUGAGCUAGGGGGUCGACUCUGCCUCCCAGGACACAAGUCUCCAAAGUGCCUGUGAGGGUGGGCCUGGCGCCUGGGGCCUCUGCACCCUCUCCCUUUGGCCUCACCAGGCCCCCCUCAGCCCCACCCCUGGGCCUUCUUGGGGACCUUCCGGUGGACCUGUGCCCAUGCAUUUGGCCAGACAACCUGAUGUUUCUGCUGGCUGCAGCAGAAACAGUCCAUCCAGACACUGUCCUUGGCUGAGGGCUGAGGACAGGCGGGGUUGGGGGUGUCCCAGGCUCCAGCUCGCCUCCCUCUUCUUUGUUACCCUUCAAAUGGGGCCACUUCUGUAGAUAUUUUAAACGUGGGGUCGCAAAUCUCCCAUGGGGGCUGUGCUUUGAGCGGGGUCUUGGAGCCAAGGGAUGUGGUCUGAGUCGUGGGUGGCUGGGGCUCACCCCUCCACCCCUUGCCCACAACCCCGGUUAAAGUCAGAAAGCCGAGUUUUAUUUCUGUUCCCUUUUGAAGACUUGCUGGCAGGAGGCUUCUGAAGGGUGAGGGCCGGGGGUGCCUGAGGCAGUGAGGGUGAGGUUCCAGGGAGCUCCUGCAGCCUGUCUUUUCCACCGUCUUCCCAGGCUGAGGCUCCAUCUCUCAGACCUAUAGGCCACCUUGGCAAGGCCUGGAGGCUUGUGAGGAACCCCCCUGGUACGAGUCUUUGCGGGGCAGGAGCAGAGGGAGGCAUCCUAGGCUCUGGUGGAGGUGACCUGGCCUCAGUCGUUUCUGGAGCGGAAGGGCGGGGGGACGAGGGAGACCAAAGCCGGCCCCAGCCUCCCCUCCCUCUACUCUGCCCCUUGGCAGGCUGCUGUCUUAGGGCAGCAGCUCUGGUGAGAAGGCCCCUGGGCAGGCCAAGGCUGGAAAGCCAGGGAGCAUGGAGGAGAGAGGACCUGGACCAUCCAGGGAUGGUGGGACCAGGAUUGGAGGCCCAGCAGUGGGCAUGGCCUCUGCACAGCCCCUGGGGGGUGGGGGCAGGGUCCAGCACAGGACGGCUGAACAGGGCCUGGGUUGACUGGAGUGGGCUCGGAGGGGCUGCAUGGGUCCAGCCUGACCCCAGCAGGCCUGACUUCUCACCUCCUGUGGGCCAGCCUCUAACCUGGGGCCUAGGGCUUUGCCACCCGACACCCGAUGCCUCUUUCUGCAUCCUUAGCGUUGGAGAGAAGAGACUGAGGGCUUCAUUCAUUGAGCCCUGGCCCUGAGACAAAUGUCCAGGCUUUAUCUUCAUGAAGUUUAAAAACAGUCCAAGUCCAGCACGGCAAUCCAAGAGCAGGCCAUGAAAAGGAUGAGCUGGUUGUGAGUGCAGGCCUCACCCUGCCUGGACACAGGGUGUGAUGCGUGCAGGGCCUGCCCGAAUAUGUCCCCAGGCACCCUGGUGCUCCUGGGGAGGUGUCCUGCAGGGGCCUAGUGUUUCCAGAAAACACAGCCGAUUCCAAAGGAAGAGGGGCUUGUGUGAUUGACAGCCUCUCUGGGGCCUCAGCUGCCAGAGAGGACAAGGCGGGCCGGGGUCAACCCCACCCCCAACUGUGACUUCUAGAGCCCAGGCUCUUAUCUCCCUAGGGGGUGAGAGGGGUACCUCCCCGGAAGGGUUGGUCCCCUCGAUACGAAGCAGACGGGUGAUCACUGGGGCCCAGGCCGGGCAGGUCGGUGGGCAGUGGCUUGGGGUGCUCAGGCCAGACCCACCUGGGGUUGGCAAAGCCAUCUGUCCAGGCCUCCAGGCUGGGCCCCUGGGCACAGGGAGCAGACACACCUCUGCGUCACAGGGCAGAAGGGGCCACCACCUCCUUGACGCUCCUGAAUUCCUUCUCCUGCCAGCCACUGCCCUGGACUUGCUUCCCCAGGCCUCCUGCCUGUAAAUAGAAGUCCACAAACUGUGUACAGAUUUACAGAGAUACUGAGGCUGGGCCCCAGAGUCGCCAUCAAAGGGCUCGUGGCCCCAGCAUCCCCCGGGUGCCCAGCAGGCAGCUCAGCGCGGUGGCCCCAGCGUGGUGAAUGCAUGUAAAUAUUUUUCGUAGGCAGUGUGGCUCCAGAGAGCCCCCUGAAGACUGUGUCCACCCCCCAUCCCCUGCCUCCCACCAUGUCCUUUCUCCUGUACAGAUCCUCCAAGAACCCAGCCUGGGGUGGGGGGAAUUUGUCCUUCCCUCCCCCAGGCCUUCUCUGCCCCUUCUCUUCCCCCUAACCUGUUUAUUAACCAUACCUGUCCCGAGUUCAUGGCCAAAACUCAGUAGGAAAAAGCGGUGGAAAAAGACUGGAAAAAGAAACCAAGGCACCUGCCCCACUGUGGGUGCUCUCCCCUGUCCCAGCCUUGUGAAGGAACUGUUUGUUUCCUUUUUUUUUUUUUUUUUAACACUUCCCGUGCUGUGCCCAUUUAUAAGAGGAAAUAAAAUUAAGCUGAAAUGAUG